AACCCUGGCAGGGAAGGUAGAGGAGACGGGGAGUGAGUGCACGCUGCUCGACUCCUCUUUACUCCUCACUAAACUACCCAUUAUAAUGGCUUCUCAGGUGGCCAAACGCUACUUUUUAAUUGGGCAAUGCAUCUCCCACAAUAUCCAAAAUGCUGCCAGAGUUCGAGUGAAACGAAUGGAGUUUGACAGUAACUUGAAUAUGUACUUUCCAUGUGAUACACACUACUAUGCCCAUGAUCCAGAGAAAGUGUGCAAAGAAGGAGAUAUUGUACUAAUCAAAGAACUUCCAGAAAAGAUGACAAAGGAUAUUACUCACUCUUUAAUUAAAAUGGUCUACAAAUUUGGUGAUGUAACUGACCCCAUCACUGGCAAGAAAGUGAUUAUGAAUAAAUAUAGGGACCAAAUAAAAGAACGUAUCAAGAUGUUUGGAGUGGCGGAGGAUGGCAAGGGAGGAUUCAAUUACGAGGAAGCACCAGACAGAGGUUGGCAAGAAGGCAAGAGAGAUUUCACUCACAAGGUUGGCUACAUGAAGUGGCAUGAGUUCCCACCAGGCCACCCACUUCACAAUGAUCCAGUUGCCACUUAAAGCCUCAAAUUAGCCUAUAUAUUAUAUAUAAUACUAUAUAUAAAUGCCAUUUUGUGAGGGAGAAAAUAUAAUGUAUAUACUGUAUUGUACAAGUACAUAAUAAGAACAUAG